GUUAUUGUACGGUACGAUACGGUAAAUAGCCACGACCGGACGAAAACGGCUGCGCGGGAGAAAAAAAUAUGCCCAGGAAAAGAAACGCUAAAGGUAAUGGUGAUGUUACCCCAGCUAAGAAGGCUAAAGUUGAGGCUGUGGGUUUGGAAUUUCGAUGGGAGUAUGAAGGGGACAAAAGGACUUGGACCCAGUAUAGUAGCACCAUUGAUGGCACAUUGACUGAUGCUUACAACAACAGCAAGAAGCAGGUGGAAUUUGAGUUGAGCAAUGGCAUCAAAAUGUGUGUUAACUUUGAGAAGAAUGUGCAGAAAAAUAAGAAAACUGGUUGGGAGAGGCCCGUCAGAGUUGCAGUCAAAGAUGAAUCUGACAGCUUGUACUAUGUUUGGCAAUGGGAAGAUGAGAAGGGCAACUUAAAUCCAUAUGGUGUGAAGAAUACACUAGAGCUAGAGACUGCACAUACACAGAUGAAGGACAGUGUUGCGAUUGAAGUUUGCAGCAGAUCUUAUUCUGUAGAUAUACAGAAUAUGGAGCAAAAAAAUACUGUCACCGAUGUCAUCAGGAAAGUUUCCAGAGAACAGUCUGCGGCAAUAAAGGCUGAUCCAGGAGCACCAGAACCUGUGGCCUCCAGUUCCAGUUGGGACACACCCACAAAGGUCACGAAGGGGUCAGUGGGGAAGGGAAAAUCAGGUGGUAAAAUGAAGUCAGAGCCUGACGACAGUGAGGAUACAAAAGCAGCAAAAUCUGGUGGUAAAACAAAAUCUGGAAAAACAAAAUCUGGAGCUAAAGAGAGGCCUGCAGUAAAGACAGUUGUGAUGUCUGGAAAGGCUCCAGUAGAUGCAGAGUGUACCUCGUUGGUCGGAAAGGCUCAUGUGUACUUCGAGGGUAAAGAUGUGUACGAUUGUAUGUUAAACCAGACCAAUGUCUCAAACAACAACAACAAAUACUUUAUCAUACAACUGUUAGAAGCGAAUGACAAGAAGAUGUUUUACACAUGGUUCCGAUGGGGAAGGGUCGGCUACUCGGGUCAGAACAAUCUUAUUCCCUGUGGUCCAAGCCUUGAAGCGGCUAAGAAACAUUUCUUUAAAAAAUUUACAGACAAAACGAAGAAUGACUGGGCAAAUAGGCACCAUUUUGUGAAACAUCCAGGCAAAUAUGACUUGCUUGAAAUGGAUUAUGGUACAAAGGGUCUUGAUGAAAUUGAUGCUCCAAAAAUGAAGAAGAAUAAGAGUGAUGCAAAAGUUCCAGAUUCCAAACUUGAUAAAAGUCUGCAGUCAUUGGUUGAGCUUAUCUGUGAUGUGAAGUCAAUGGAGGAGGCAGUUAUGGAAAUGCAGUAUGAUGCCAAAAAAGCACCUCUAGGUAAACUAACAAAAGACCAAAUAAAGGCUGGAUACUCGGCAUUGAAGAAAAUUGAUGCAUGCAUAGAGAAGAAAGACUUUGGUUCAGCUUUAACACACGCAUGUGAUGAAUUUUACACAAGAAUACCUCACGAUUUUGGGAUGAGACCGCCUACAAAGAUAAAUACCAAAGAAGAAGUUAAAAGAAAGAUAGCUCUGAUAGAGGCCCUUUCAGAUAUCGAGAUUGCAAUCAAGAUGUUAUCAGAAGGUGAUUACUCAGAAAACCCGGUAGAUCGACAUUAUCACUCAUUGAAAUGUGACAUGGUAAAAUUAGAUCACAGUUCAGACGAGUUCAAGAUGGUGGAAACAUACCUACAGAAUACUCAUGCAAAGACUCAUAACCAGUAUAAAAUGAAGAUUAUUGACAUAUUUGAUGUGUCGAAACAUGGGGAAAAGGAACGCUUUAAUGAUGUUGGAAACAGCAAUCAGUUACAAAUUUGGUUGGCAGGAAUGAUUCUAAGUCAGGGUUUAAGAAUUGCCCCACCAGAGGCUCCUGUGACAGGUUACAUGUUUGGGAAGGGUGUUUACUUUGCUGACAUGUCCAGUAAAAGUGCCAACUAUUGUUUUGCAACAAGAACAAAGAGUACUGGGCUGAUGUUACUCUGUGAUGUUGCCCUGGGUAACACCAAUGAUCUUCUGGCUGCUGAUUAUAAAGCUGACAAACUUCCAGCAGGAAAACACAGUGUAAAAGGUGCUGGGAAAAUUGCUCCAGAUCCCACCCAUGUGACGAAAACGCCUGAUGGAGCAGUAGUGCCAUGGGGAAAGGGAAAAGACUCUGGGGUUAACAAUCCAAAAGGCUACACAUUGAACUAUAACGAGUUUAUCGUUUACGAUACAAAACAGAUCAAAAUGAAGUACCUUCUCAAGAUCGAUUUCAAGUUUUAAAUGAUGAAAUGUGUUAUUCCUGUGGUAUAUUGGAAUACUGAUGGAAGAAAUAAAUGGAUGUUUGGGACCAAGUUGAUGUAGAAAUCCUGGUGUAUGGGACUAUGCACACUAUGUUGAAAGUGUGGUUUUGUUUAGAUUAACUGUAGUUGAGUUAAUUACUAAUUUGUGGAAAUAGGUUAAUGAGUUUUAGUGCUGUGUUUGUCAAAGGAGUAAAUAUACAAGUUACUAUUUGCAGUGGACAUAAAACAGGCAUGGAGUCUCAAACUUUUUAUUCUGACUCGGGAGUUUUUUAAUAUGUGAGGUUGUUAUUUAACAAGUAAUUUUAGUUGUUUCCGUUUACAAGUUUUUCAUAGCUUUUAGCAGUAUGUUGAGAUGUACAAAACAAUAGGAAAGAGCACAGAUUUCGCAAGAAAUGAUACUGAUUGAUUACUUAGUCGGUCGGUGAUGCUAAUUGUUCAUUGCUGUUAAGUAUUAACUUUAAUAGAGCAGUCAGGGAUUGACUUAUGUUUUGCAAGAAUGCUGUCUCUAUAUAUUAUAGAAGGGAUUUCAUCUGAACCUUACAUAAUGCUCAAUGAGGCAGUAAACGAGGGACACUAGGCAAUAAUUACAAUUUUCUUGGCAUUGCAUUGAUAAAAGUCAAACAUUUACAAAACAUGAAACCUCAAUAUUACUAUAGAUGCAUAGAAAAGGUUGUCAUUUUAUCAUUUGAUUUUUCGAUAGAAAUGUGUUCUUGUCUCCUAUUUUUCAUUCACAUUUGCGGUAGAAAAUCUAUUUUUGGCGUUAAACUAACAAAUAACCUGUUAAAAUUUUCUUAUUUAAGAUCUAAGCUUAAAUAUAUUUGCUGUUUGAUCAUUCUUUCCAGUAACAAGGUACUUCGUUUAUUUCUCUUUAAAAGUAAGAAAAUACCAGUAAAAUUAUACAUCAUUUCAAAGAACUCUGAGGGUGGUAACAGGAUUUUUUUAAAUUUUCAAAUAUCUUGUUCAGUUUUGAGUUUAACUUCCAUUGCAGAUUUCAGCUGUUUUGGUGGAUGAAUUGUUAUAUAUAUUUUGGGAUAUCUUAAGUUAGCAUAAUUGGAGCAUUUACAUGUAAGAAGUUUGUAAACUUCUAAAAAAUGGAUUAUCAAAACUUUCCAUGGGCCAGAGUUUUGUACAUGGGGAAAUUAAGUGUAAAAUUGGAAUUUUCAAAAAAACAAAAACGUUUGUGUAUUUCGAAAAUCCAAAAAUACAUUACUACUACCAUCAGAAAGCUUUAAAAUUAUGUGUAACUUGUUUUUGAAUGUUGCAUAAUAAAAGUGUAGUUCAUGAAAAACCAUUUUUGACUUAAAGGAUCAUACAGUAGGGCAGUUGUAAGCUUGACAAAAUGUUGAGUUGGAGUGCUUCUUCAUACUUCAGUGAAAUAACUGGUACCAUGUUGUUGUUGUUAUUUUUUCAGUUUUCAAUCAAUUUUGCAAGAUUGGUCACACUUUUUAAGUUUAAAGUAACAUAUUAACAGCUGUCUGGAAACUUAAGAUUUGAUCAAAUAUGUUAUAAAUUGAAGAGAUCUCUUAAGUGUAAAUAAGCUCUCAGUACCUUCACUUGGUGUUUGUUGGACCAUUGUUACUAAAUGUGUUUAAGAAUCAUGUUGCCAUUUCUGUCCUAUUAAAGAACAUUUUGAAACUUUU